AAUUAACCUGACUGUAUAAGCCUCCACACACUUGUGUUCAACUUGUUACCGCAUGAAUUUCAAACCUGCAUUACGGUAAUGAGUAGAAGACUAGUGGAGAGCCCUCGUCUCGCUGUUCUCUGCUCCACACAAACCCUCACAUUCAUGCAGGCAGCAGUCAGUCAGCAGCAGCAGACAAACAGAGGGGGACGAAGGACGGCACAGAGAGAGAGAGAGAGAGAGAGACAGGCGCUCUCAUCAGUGACGGGCUCCCCGGCUGCGUGGACAGAGCUGUGGCGCAGGAGGAGCAGAGGAGAGGUGCAACGGGAGGACAAGCUGCCUGGAAAAAAAAGCAGAGCAAAACAAAGGAGCAAAACGAGAGAGGGAGGGGGAGAAAACAACGGAGAAGAGAGAUCACUGAGAGGGGGAGAGAGAAGUCAGAGAGAGAGAGAGAGAGGACCAAGCUGGAUGAAGCUGACAAGGACACAGAGGGAGGAAAGCGCGCAGAGAAGCCUUUCCUAACCGGAGGAGAGAAGUGAAGGGACUGCGUGCACAAAGUGGAAAAGAAGAGGAGGAAGAAGAAGAAGAGGAAGGAAAAGAGGGGAGCCCGACAGGAGGUCGAGCUUUGGGGGCUUAACUGACACGACAGUGAAGAGGAGGAGGAGGAGCGUGAGGGCAAGUUGAUGGAUUUGAUUUGGGCAGAGUAUUUUUAGAAGGAGGAGCGGAGACACGAGAGGAAUAUUGAGAGAUGCUGUGUUUGGAGAAAAAAAAAAAACUAGAGGAAAAGAAGGAGAAGAGAGGGAGAGCUGCUGAGAUCAGAGUGUGACAGAACAGAUUAUCUCUGGUUGUGUUUCCCCACAGGAAAACCGGCAUGAGUCUGUGUCCGCGUACGCGCAUGGAUGCCUCCAUGUGAAAGUGUGUUGUAGCAUCUCUAGUUUCUCACUGUGGCUGUGGUGCUGAGGAGCAGGUCCGCUACAAGAUGAAGCUACCCCCGCAGGACCUGAUGACACUGGUUAGAAGAACCAAGUGGGGGGAGAGACGGGGAGCAGACCAGUGACAUCCAGGGGAAAGUGAGACCACAAAGUGAGGACAGAAAACAAAUGGGCACGGGAGGACUUCUGUGAAUUAAAUUAAAGCUUGUACUUAAUAGUGACAAGGAACUGAUUGCCGCCUCUGGCUGCUGAAUGCCUCUGCAAGUCAGUGAAGCCAAAAAAACACACACACGUAACUCGGAGGAAGAGAAACCACAGCGCUGGAACAAGGCAAGCUCUGCUCUAACAGACUGCAGCACACCAACCAACUCCCUCUGCUGUCGUCUCAUUAUUUUAAUUACCUUCCCUUCUUUCAUUUGUUUUUUGUCCUUUCUGCUUAGCCCAUGGUAUUUUGUAUUCUACCCUCCUCUCUCCCUCUCUCUCCCCCUCCCUCUUCCCCUUGCGUUUGCUCUCUGUGUCUCAUCCUCUCUUGUUCACUGUCACACUAACUGCGGUGGAUGCUGGAGUCACUCAUGUAGAAGCCACCUUGCUUGGAGCGCAUUUGCUUAGCAGAUUUUUUCUUUCUUCUUCCCCUGCUUGGAUGAGUUGGAUGAUUGGAGCACUCUCAGAUCCAGAGAGCAGGAGAGAUGACCAACAAGUAGCUGCUGCUGAAGGCGUCAGAGACGACUUCAAAACACAAAUAUUGCGCCAAGGGUUACUUCUGCGUGUGCACGCGGCAUAUUUACAGUUAAAACCGCAUGGGUCAUUAAUAUUUGUAAGGUCAAACACAUAUCCAGGUGUGGACUACAGUAGUGGAUUUAUCCUGGAGCUACAUGUGGGCCCCAGCCCCUGAGGCCUGGCUGGGAAAUGAAGCCUUUCCCGCGGCUGUAGGAGCACUGUGGGCAGCUAUGGCCCUGGAGGGACGAUGUCUCCGGCGGGGAUCCCCGGCCAUGAUCAGAAAAGGUCGUCAGCGGCGUCGUACAAAGCCAACUCUGGCACGGGUCACUUCCACUCUGCUGUCAAGGACACGCCUGCACGGCCUGAGGCAUGUUUGCAUCCCUGGUGGCUCUGUGGGCCGCAGGGCCUUCUGGUUACUGGCCUUCUGCACCUCCUUGGGGCUGCUUUUAUCUUGGUCCUCCAACCGCCUGCUCCACUGGCUUUCCUUCCCCACAUACACACGGGUCCACGCAGAGUGGGCCAAAGAACUGGCCUUCCCCGCAGUCACUAUUUGUAACAACAACCCUAUUCGCCUUUACAAGCUCACCAAGAGCGACCUGUAUUUCGCUGGCCAUUGGCUUGGCCUGCUGCUGGCCAACCGGACAGUGAGGCCAAUGGUUCUGGACUUGCUUCAAGAGGACCGUCAGGCCUGGUUCACGAAGCUGUCAGACUUCAGGCUCUUUCUGCCACCCAGAAACUUUGAGGGAACCAACCUGGAGUUUAUGGAUAGACUGAGCCACCAACUGGAUGACAUGCUCCUCUCAUGCAAAUACAGAGGAGAGCCAUGUGGCGCGCACAACUUCUCUUCUGUGUUCACUAGGUACGGGAAGUGUUACAUGUUCAACGCUGCAGAGGAGGGGAAGACGCUUCGCACCACAAUGAAGGGAGGGACGGGAAACGGCCUGGAGAUCAUGCUGGACAUCCAGCAGGAUGAGUACCUGCCAGUCUGGGGGGACACAGAGGACACAGCCUUCGAGGCAGGUGUGCGGGUGCAGAUCCACAGCCAGGCGGAGCCCCCAUUCGUUCACGAGCUGGGCUUCGGCGUGGCCCCCGGCUUCCAGACUUUUGUAGCCACACAGGAGCAGAGGCUGACCUACCUGCCUCCCCCGUGGGGAGAGUGCGAGUCAAAGGCUCUGGAGUCGGGCUUUUUCCAGGUCUACAGUGUUACCGCCUGCAGGAUUGACUGUGAAACACGGUACAUCGUGGAGAACUGCAACUGCAGGAUGGUGCACAUGCCCGGUGAUGCUUCUUACUGCACACCUGAGCAGUACAAAGACUGCGCUGAGCCUGCCCUCGCUAAACUGUCAGCAGUGGAGAGCAGUAACUGCAUGUGCAGGACGCCGUGCAACAUGACCCGCUACAACAAAGAGCUGUCCAUGGUCAAAAUCCCCAGCAAGACUUCGGCCCGCUACCUGCAGAAGAAGUUCAACAAGUCAGAGAAAUACAUCACAGACAACAUCUUGGUGUUGGAUGUGUUUUUCGAGGCUUUGAACUACGAGACCAUCGAGCAAAAGAAAGCUUACGAGGUGGCAGGUUUGCUGGGUGAUAUCGGUGGUCAGAUGGGUCUGUUCAUUGGAGCCAGUAUCCUCACCAUCCUAGAGCUGUUUGACUAUGCUUAUGAGGUGGUGAAAGACAGACUACUGGAUUUACUGAGCAGAGAGGACGAGGAGGAGAGUCAUGGAGAGGAUGUGAGUUCCUGCGAUCCGGUCGCAAACCACUCAGAGUCCAUCAGCCAUACUGUGACAGUCCCCCUGCAGACAACGCUGGGCACCCUGGAGGAGAUUGCCUGCUGAGGCCCUCCCCCCUUCCCCUCAGAGCCAGAGGCUGCCUCUACUGGGUGGCGCUUCAUCCUCUGUUAGGGCAUCCUGUAGGACCUUAACAGGGGAAGGGAGGAGACGGGGACAAGAACAGAAGCUGGUCUAAGGACAGCGCUGCGCUCUGUCACACCGCCCUGUCUGAGGCACUAAUGGGGAUUAAGGAGCUGUCGGCCGGACUUAUCGGCCCUCUCUGUCACCCUGCACUGUACUGUAGUGGGAGGGUGGCCUCCGCUGUGUCAGACCUACAGGGGUCUGUGUCUCCACACAACCGCACACAGAAAAUCAGAGUGGGUGGGCCAACUACCCAUAAAGGGCGCUCAUCCCUGUGCAGCAUAUCUAUGUAACAAACACAUCAUGUGUCGGUCACUGCCAAAUGAACUGUACAAAAUUGGUUUUGAACUGUCCAAACUGCAUGCGUCGCUCUAUCUUGCUCUCUUUGCUGAUGCAUACGCUGGACUGCAGUGUUGCUUUACUGUACAUGUGUGCCAUUUGUCUCUCUAUCUGCUGGACAGGCCUGUCACAAGGGCCCGGGUGAGAUAUCGAACUUUGAAUGUACAGAAUGAACAUAUGGUUGUUUAAAAUCAUAGUUCAGAUGUGACCAAUCCUUAGAAAAUCUACUCUAAUGAGCAAUUUAUCAUUUAUUAAUUAAUUAUCUUGAAGGGUUAGGGGUUGGUGAUGUGUGUAUGUGUGUGUGUCCUGGGCAGGGGGUGGGGGCUGAUGAUUAUGCUUUGUUUACUGAAAACUGACUAGUGAAAUCUGAACAUUUUGCAGCCUGCAUUUUGCAUAUUUUGUUCACCUGUCGGUUUCAGUUUAAUCAGUUUACUAAAGGGCAUGUUUGCUACGUGACUCCCCGGGUUCUAAGCUGUUCUCUACAGGCAUCUUUAAAGGGAUGUCAUACUCUUUACUGUUAAUUUAUGUGAAUAAAUGACUGGCUUCUGGCUGCUUCGCCUCACCACAGCAACGAGCUAAGUGAGGUAGAAUCUGAAUUUAUUUCCCUGCCAGACAGCAAGACGUGUACAAAACACUGCAGCAAAUGAAUAUGCCCAGGGUGUUGUUAAACCAUUAUUUCAUUAAGAGAAUGUCAGGGGCAUAUUUCAGACAGUUAUUACCACUUUAUAGGAGGAGGGUGGAUGGCAUCGUAUUGGCCUUCACAGAAAAAAAAAAAAUUCAACAAUGAUUAUAAAAAUAAUAACAAAAGCACCAUGUGGAGGAUUCAGCCAGGAGGGUUUUUUUAAGGAUACAGGGUCUGCUGUGUUAUGGUGUAAAUAUCUGUGUUUUAUUUUUCUCAUAAAAACGGGUACCAUGCAGACAUGCCGAAGCAGAUCUAAUUUAAAAGAACUUUGGUAAAACAUCAACUCUAGGUAAAAAACAAAACAAAACAAAAAACAAGUGAGUACAUAUUUGUCAUAUUUUUUCAUAAUGUUACUCAAUCUGCAGCUCUGGGUAGGUGAGAAUGUUAUGUAACAGGCAGUAGCAUUAUGGGGUAGUUGAAUGUCAUGUUAAAAAUGAAAGACACACUCUGCUAUGAGCACCAGGCAUCUUUUUCAGUACAGGUUUAGCUUCAGUGUCCUCGGAGGCAACAGUUUCAUAUAUGUGGCUUUACACCAAAAGCUUGUGUGAGACCAUGUGGAAGAUUAAAUGUAUCUGAGUUUUUUUUUUCUAAUUUCUGGUCCAUGAUCAUCCUAGCAUGGUCUCUGUCAUCAUGGUAAUGUACAUUACAGGUAGGAAUGAAUUCAAGUGCUUUGUGAGACUGUUUGAAUUAUGAUUUCCCAUCUGUGGCUCAACCUGCUGUCUCUGUGUACUAUCUCAUGUUGUGGCUUCAGAAGAACACAAUCCUCGGCCGACCUGCAGAGGAGACAUACGUACAUGUCUCGCUUCUCUUGGUGGUAACGACACUGGCUGUUUCUUCGCUCUACUUUGGCUUCAGUCGACAACGUUUUUUUUUUCAUUUUGUGAUGCAGCAUACAGUGUGUGUUUUUAAUGUGAAACAAUUAAAUUAUAAAGUUGUUUUGCA